AGGAUAAGGGUAGGGGUUAGGUUACGGACGUCCUAAGCAUACCGUAUAGCAUUAACCAUUAUUGUCACGAAGAGGAUCAACUGUCAAUUGGGCUGGAGGUUCUGUAAGACCCGCCCUAUGUGCUCGACUGUUUGUAUGUGCGUUUAUAUAUAUAACAGUGCAGGUCUGGCAUACCAACUCUGGUGUCCACACUUUGACGAGACAGAGGGAGGAAGGAAGGACACACAGUGUGACACGCGAAGCCAUCUCCCAUCAUCCUCGGUUGAUUUUUGCAUUUCGGAUCUACAGUCGCACAAUAGAAAAUACGCAUUUACCAAGAUGCCCAAGCCACUGACAGACCAGGAUAAGAGGAAGCAGAUAUCGGUGCGGGGGCUUGCAGGAGUGGAAAAUGUUUCAGACCUUAAGACCAAUUUUAAUCGCCAUCUCCACUUUACUCUGGUAAAGGACCGAAAUGUGGCGACCAAACGGGACUACUACUUCGCCUUGGCCAACACUGUCCGCGACCAUCUGGUGGGCAGAUGGAUCAGGACGCAGCAGCACUACUAUGAGAAAGACCCCAAACGUGUGUAUUACCUGUCCCUUGAGUUCUACAUGGGGCGCACCCUGCAGAAUACAAUGGUGAACCUGGCUCUGGAGAACGCAUGCGACGAGGCUACCUAUCAGUUGGGCCUGGACAUGGAGGAGCUGCAGGACAUUGAGGAAGAUGCCGGCCUGGGAAAUGGUGGCCUUGGACGGCUCGCCGCCUGCUUCCUAGAUUCCAUGGCGUCUCUGGGACUGGCAGCUUACGGCUAUGGCAUCCGCUAUGAGUUCGGCAUCUUCAACCAGAAAAUUGUGAAUGGCUGGCAGGUAGAGGAGGCUGACGAUUGGCUGCGCUACGGCAACCCCUGGGAGAAGGCCCGCCCUGAGUACAUGCGACCCGUCCACUUCUACGGCAGAGUGGAGCACACCCCCGAGGGUGUGAAAUGGGUUGACACACAGGUAGUGUUGGCCCUUCCUUAUGACACCCCAGUCCCUGGCUACAGGAACAAUGUUGUGAACACCAUGAGACUGUGGUCUGCCAAGGCCCCCUGUGAUUUCAACCUGAAAGACUUCAAUGUGGGUGGCUAUAUUCAAGCUGUGCUGGACAGAAACUUGGCUGAGAACAUCUCCCGUGUUCUGUACCCCAAUGACAACUUCUUCGAGGGGAAGGAGCUUCGUCUGAAGCAGGAAUACUUUGUGGUGGCGGCCACUCUGCAGGACAUCGUGCGUCGCUUCAAGUCCUCCAAGUUCGGCUCCACUGAGGUUGUGCGCGUUGACCUGUCCACCCUACCUGACAAGGUGGCCAUCCAGCUGAACGACACCCACCCUGCCAUGGCCAUCCCUGAGCUGAUGAGGAUUUUGUUGGACACGGAGCACCAGAAAUGGGAGAAGGCCUGGGACAUCUGCACACGUACCUGUGCCUACACCAACCACACCGUCCUGCCUGAGGCUCUGGAGCGCUGGCCCACAGACCUGCUCCAGAACCUUCUGCCCAGACACCUGGAGAUCAUCUACGAGAUCAACCGACGUCACCUGGAGCGCAUCGCUAAGCUCUACCCCGGGGACCAUGAUCGUCUGCGCCGCAUGUCCCUAGUGGAGGAGGGCGACCAGAAGAAGAUCAACAUGGCCCACCUGUGCAUCGUGGGCUCCCACGCCGUCAACGGAGUGGCCCGCAUCCACUCGGACAUCAUCAAAGCCACUCUGUUCAAAGACUUCUACGAGGUGGACCCCCACAAGUUCCAGAACAAGACCAACGGGAUCACGCCCCGACGCUGGCUGGUCAUGUGCAACCCUGGGCUGGCUGAAGUCAUUGCAGAGAGGAUCGGUGAGGAUUACAUCCGCGAUCUGGACCAACUGAAGAAGUUGCUGGCGUUUGUGGAUGACGACUCUUUGAUUCAUGACAUCGCCAAGGUCAAACAGGAGAACAAGCUUAAGUUUUCUGCCUAUCUCGAGGAGCACUACAAGGUGAAGAUCAACCCCAACUCCAUGUUCGACGUUCAAGUCAAGAGGAUCCACGAGUACAAGAGGCAGCUGCUCAACUGCCUGCACAUCAUCACUCUCUACAACCGCAUCCAGAAGGAGCCCAACAAGAAUUGGACCCCCAGGACUAUCAUGAUUGGAGGAAAGGCUGCUCCUGGGUACCACACGGCAAAGCUGAUCAUUAGGCUGAUCACUGCCAUCGGAGAGAUUGUCAACCACGACACUGUGGUGGGAGACCGCCUCAAAGUCAUCUUCCUGGAGAACUACAAGGUCACUCUGGCAGAGAAAAUCAUCCCUGCGUCCGACCUGUCUGAGCAGAUCUCCACAGCUGGCACUGAGGCGUCUGGCACUGGCAACAUGAAGUUCAUGCUGAACGGAGCGCUCACCAUUGGCACCAUGGACGGAGCCAACGUAGAGAUGGCCGAGGAGGCCGGAGAAGAGAACCUCUUCAUCUUCGGCAUGAGGGUAGACGACGUGGACGCCAUGGACAAGAGUGGAUAUGAUGCCAUGGACUACUACAACCGCAUUCCUGAGCUGAAGCAGGCCAUGGACCAGAUCGCUGGUGGAUUCUUUAGCCCCGACCAGCACGACCUCUUCAAGGACAUUGUCAACAUGCUGCUGCACCAUGACAGAUUCAAGGUGUUCGCUGACUACGAAGCUUACAUCAAAUGCCAAGAGAAAGUCAGUGCUCUCUACAAGAACCCUAAAGAAUGGACCAAGAUGGUGAUCCACAACAUUGCUGGUUGUGGUAAAUUCUCUAGCGACCGCACUAUCUCCCAGUACGCCCGGGAGAUCUGGGGCAUGGAGCCCAGCCUGGAAAGGAUCCCUGCCCCAGACGAUCCUCGCCAAUAAACCCCAGGCCUAAAACCAACCUCUGGUUUUUCCACAGCCCCGGCUUCUGGUUUUGCCUCUGGCUGUUCCACAAAAAAACAUUUUAACUUGAGAAAUGGUUUAGAAACCUGAAAGCUCCCUGUAACUAGUACAUUUUCAUUGUGUCAUUUCAUUGUGGUUAGUAUUAGUUGAUGAUUGACUAUACAUGUAGCAAUCCCUGUCCGGCUACGUGAUGGCCAAUAACCUGAUACCACUUUCAACCUCGACAUUCAGCAUUCAUUUUCUCAAUGAGCUAAUACAAAUCAGCAUUCACGUUCUCAAUGGGCUAAUACAAAAUCAGCAUUCAUCUUCUCAAUGGGCUAAUACAAAAUCAUUAUUCACCUUCUCAAUGGGCUAAUACAAAAUCAUUAUUCACCUUCUCAAUGGGCUAAUACAAAAUCAUUAUUCACCUUCUCAAUGGGCUAAUACAAAAUCAUUAUUCACCUUCUCAAUGGGCUAAUACAAAUCAUUAUUCACCUUCUCAAUGGGCUAAUACAAAAUCAUUAUUCACCUUCUCAAUGGGCUAAUACAAAAUCAUUAUUCACCUUCUCAAUGGGCUAAUACAAAAUCAUUAUUCACCUUCUCAAUGGGCUAAUACAAAAUCAUUAUUCACCUUCUCAAUGGGCUAAUACAAAAUCAUUAUUCACCUUCUCAAUGGGCUAAUACAAAAUCAUUAUUCACCUUCUCAAUGGGCUAAUACAAAAUCAUUAUUCACCUUCUCAAUGGGCUAAUACAAAAUCAUUAUUCACCUUCUCAAUGGGCUAAUACAAAAUCAUUAUUCACCUUCUCAAUGGGCUAAUACAAAAUCAUUAUUCACCUUCUCAAUGGGCUAAUACAAAUCAUUAUUCACCUUCUCAAUGGGCUAAUACAAAUCAUUAUUCACCUUCUCAAUGGGCUAAUACAAAAUCAUUAUUCACCUUCUCAAUGGGCUAAUACAAAAUCAUUAUUCACCUUCUCAAUGGGCUAAUACAAAAUCAUUAUUCACCUUCUCAAUGGGCUAAUACAAAAUCAUUAUUCACCUUCUCAAUGGGCUAAUACAAAAUCAUUAUUCACCUUCUCAAUGGGCUAAUACAAAAUCAUUAUUCACCUUCUCAAUGGGCUAAUACAAAAUCAUUAUUCACCUUCUCAAUGGGCUAAUACAAAAUCAUUAUUCACCUUCUCAAUGGGCUAAUACAAAUCAUUAUUCACCUUCUCAAUGGGCUAAUACAAAAUCAUUAUUCACCUUCUCAAUGGGCUAAUACAAAUCAUUAUUCACCUUCUCAAUGGGCUAAUACAAAUCAUUAUUCACCUUCUCAAUGGGCUAAUACAAAAUCAUUAUUCACCUUCUCAAUGGGCUAAUACAAAAUCAUUAUUCACCUUCUCAAUGGGCUAAUACAAAAUCAUUAUUCACCUUCUCAAUGGGCUAAUACAAAAUCAUUAUUCACCUUCUCAAUGGGCUAAUACAAAAUCAUUAUUCACCUUCUCAAUGGGCUAAUACAAAAUCAUUAUUCACCUUCUCAAUGGGCUAAUACAAAAUCAUUAUUCACCUUCUCAAUGGGCUAAUACAAAAUCAUUAUUCACCUUCUCAAUGGGCUAAUACAAAA